CUGAUAUAUGCAAUAAAAAAUUAAAAUGGCAGGAAAAUGCGGAUGUUUUGUUGUGCAAACUUUAAUAUAUAUUAUUCAGUAAAUACGUUACUGACAAUACAAAGCGUUAAAUAAAUUAUUUAAAUCGAUUAAUAGUGGGUCAAUCAGUAAUUAGAAAGCUGAUUAGAUAAUAAAUUGUGCAAUAAAAUGGGUUCACACUCAAAGAGAAGUUCCGCCGAAUGGUUUAUCGACCAGUUGAAUGUGGGUAACGCUAAAUUACUGGCGUUUGCUCUUAUCAUUGGGUUUAUAGCAUAUCAUGGGAUAUUGCAUCUAAGAUACGGCCCAGACUCCUGUACAUGGUUAUUGUCAUCCGGAAGGUACAAAGGUGACCAUGAGUGGCAACCGUAUGGGUGUAUGUUACAUAAGUAUUCGAAAAUGGAUGCAAGACGGUGUUUACGGUAUUUGGCAUUUUGGGGCAAAUAUAACAGUUUCGCCUUCAUUGGAGAUUCGAGGCUUGAACAACUGUAUGAAUAUUUUAUAGGUGUUAUUAAUACAAGACUGGACAUAGAUUCCUCUUACUCCACAGUGGACCACCACAUGCCCAAUUACACGUAUGUCGACAAUAAACUCAGACUUUCUAUCACUUUUAUAUGGAGUGACGAUGUUUCGAAGACCAUGGUGGAACAGUUUAGAACCUGGCAAUAUUCAGACCGGCCACCAUCAGUAAUAGUAGCAAGUGCGGGUUUGCAACUGGUUAAGAAUCGUAACAUAACCGAUCAAGCAUUAGAGGAGUAUAAAAGGAAUCUCACCCAACUGGUGCAGCCAGUCGACUCGCUGGCCUCGCGCGGCACGCAGGUGCUGUGGAAGACGAUGGAGGCAGUCGACAUCGCCAGGCUUAGAAGCGACGUCAAAAUCAACAACGCCGACAUCGACGCGUACAAUAAAGCUGCUUUAGAGAUUCUGCAACACAGUGCAACGAAGCUGUGGAACUCGCCACGCCUGGCCUCCGCCGCGGCUUCGUCCGCUGACGGCCUCAGCAUCAGCCCCACGGCGCUGCGCCACUCUGCGCAGAUCCUGCUGAACAUGUUCUGCAACGACCACAUGAACUUCAACGACGGAACUUGUUGCGCGCUGCCGGAGCCCUGCACUCAGCUGCAACUGCUCACGUUCGCGUUGUUCCUUCUUUGCGCAGUGCUAGCCACCAUCCGAUUUAUAUGGCGGUGGUCGCAGAACUUCAAGCAACAGAUCGAUGGCUACUCCCUUGUCAACCAGACUGUGGUGGUCGAAGCCCCCUCAGCGAUGGCAGCCAUUGCCAAACUUGGCAUGAUCAUGGCAUACUUCUACCUAUGCGAUAGAACAAACUUCUUUAUGAAGGAGAACAAGUAUUAUUCGGAAUGGAGUUUUUGGCUGCCUGUUGGAUACGUUUUUGCUCUAGGCUUAUUCUUUACGGAUGAAUCCAGAUCUAGUAGUCACUCAAGAGUACUCCAUAGAGAACAAACAAACGAAUGGAAAGGCUGGAUGCAACUUGUUAUCCUUGUAUACCAAGUUACCGGUGCCAGCAAGGUCCUGCCCAUAUACAUGAUGGUCAGGGCACUCGUCUCCUCAUACCUGUUCAUCACUGGCUACGGACACUUCUACUACACCUGGAAGACGGGGGACAUUGGCCUGGUCAGGUACUUCAGGGUCAUAUUUAGACUCAACUUCCUGACCGUGGUACUGUGCCUGACAAUGAAUCGACCGUAUCAGUUCUACAGCUUCAUACCGUUAGUGUCUUUUUGGUAUACAUUGUUCUUCGUAAUAUGGGCGCUACCACCACACAUAACGCAAUCGUCAAGCCACACGGUGGAGUCUAAACCGUACCAGUACCUCUACAUAGCGAUUAAGAUCAUCGGCCUGCUGACGAUAGUCACGGUUCUGUAUAUGAGCGAAGUGUUCUUCCAGAAGAUAUUCGUGACCCGACCUUGGAAGGCUCUAUUUGUUAAUGCAGAUGACGAUAUACAUCAAUGGUGGCUGGAUUGGAAGCAAGAUCGAUACUCAAUGGCGUACGGUAUCAUAUUCGCCACGGCCUACCUCCUAGCCCAAGGCUACAAUUUGCUGGACGAUAAUAAUCACAGCAACCUUUUCACCCCGGGACUAUCUCUCAGCGCGACUCUCGUGGCCUUCAUAGGCCUCGGCAGCUACGUUACCUUCACAUUCUUCUGCACGAACACUUUCGACUGCAACGAGAUACACAGCUACGUCACAUUUCUACCUAUAGUCAGUUACAUUAUACUGAGAAACGUCUCAGGCGCGUUGAGAACCCGCCACUCCAGUCUUUUCGCGUGGUUCGGAACGAUAACUCUGGAGUUAUUCGCCAGUCAGUCCCACAUAUGGCUAGCGGCUGACACCCACGGUGUUCUGGUUUUGAUACCGGGCGCACCGAUCUUGAAUUUGAUACUCACAUCCUAUAUAUUCAUAUUCACCGCUCAUGAGAUACACAAAUUGACGGCGAUAAUUCUGCCAUACGCAGUUCCCGAUGAUUGGAAACUGGUUCUGAGGAAUUUCGCCAUUUUUUUGGCAAUUCUAGUUCCGAUCGGGAUACACGAUGGAAUGUUUUAGGGGACUUUAAGACACUGAUGCCCGUUUUCACUAACGGAUGCCUAACUAUUCGGGGGAUGCGGAAGAAAUGUGUCACCAACUCUUAGAUGAUGACUAAUGACGCUAGGCGCUCUAAAGUUACGACACCGAUUCGGCGGCGCGUAAUGUUUUAAGGAACUCUGUAAAUUGACACUUCACACAGAUGAAAAAUAUAAAUUCCUUUUUUUUGAUAACUAACUUAAAUCUAUUUGAAAAAUGAAAAAUAUGAUAAUACAAACACAGAUACCACAUCUUGUGGUAAGGAUCAUAGACAAGUUGGGUUAUAUUGAGUUGCCUAGAGAAAAUCGAUUGGUAAAAGGCAAAUGUAUGCCUAGGAGUCUUCUUUUAUUAGGCGUUACUUCCUUAGGCACUGCCUUGUACUUCGUUAGUGAAAAUGGGCAUAAAACUUCGCAUUAUCUUUUUUUUAUUGCAAGAAUAUUUCGGCACGGUGUGUAUAUUGCAUACAAAAUUUACCAAAGCUAGGGUAGGAAGUUCUUUGCCUUGUUACCGUUUGCGCAAGCAAUUAGAGUAUAGCAUCUAGCUCAGAGUUAAGAACAUACAGAACCCUCAUUCUGCCAUAAUUGCAUGCAGUUCAUUGUGUCCAAAAACAGUGAAAACGCCCGCUUACGUCUCACUUCACACCCGCGGA